AAGCUGAUGAAAUUUCUGGGAUUUUUUAGCAUUUGAAGGAAAUCCGGUGUCCUAGGAAGGUGGAGAGACACUUUGACGUUGCUAUGACGAAAGGAAUCAGCAAUGACUGAUGUGGAGCCUGUGGUCACAGAUUUUGCAGCAUCAGGACGGGCAGGGCGCCGCAACGCCUUACCAGAUAUCCUGGGCUCUCCUGCUGGUGCUGGGACUUCAGACCUGCCACACAAACUGGCUGAUCUCUCUGUUUCAGAAGAUGCAGGAGCAGAGGGUGGAGAAGUGCCAUCAUCCAAAGCCUUGCUGGAAAGUCAAGAGGCGGAACAAAAAAGCAAUGAUUCCUAACACCUAAGGACUGCUGGGUUAAUGAAACCUAUCAACAGACUUUCCAGCUUCCCUUUGUCACCCUUUCUGAAGUGUGGUAGCAACUUUAGGAGCAUAGACAUGGUUUUGCAACACACUUGUAUCUAGAUGACAUUAAUGUGGAUGACAUACUGUUUUUAAUACUGUCAUCCUUCAAAACCAGUGUUCUACACAUCCAAAUGGGAAGAGAACUAAAGAAUGUAUCUCUUGUUUGGGGUUUUGUCAUGGUCAUAGUAUUCAUCCUAACUAAUCUUCUUUGACAGUUCCAACUAAUAUAUUUAGCAGAUGUUCCAAGAAUGAUUGUUUCAAAAUAAAAAUCCUGUAUCUUAAUUUCCUAAAACAGCUUCUCUCUGACACAGAGGUGUAUUCACUCUCUCCACCAUGAUAUUAAGUAUAUAUUAGAUUACAGACAUUAUCUGUAAUUUAUCUCCUGAGAUUUUUGUUCUCAUUAGACAUAUGUAGAUGGGUGUGAGAAAUUAAAAAAAAAGAAAAUGUUUUCUUUCCUUUUCCUGUCUCCAAAAGGUUUUGUAAACUAUUUAAACACCACUGUUUUCAAACUCUCCUUAGCGCUAUUUGAUUAUGGCAUAUCUCCCACUCUUACAGUCUUGCCACUUCUGUAAUUUGUUUUCAAGCUGAAUAUUGUAGCUGUUCAUGUGUAUCUAAAAUAAAGUAGCCAUGUUUGUAUAUGAUGAAUAUUGUUUAAUCUCACUGUGGAAAUUAAUUAUCUAUAAUCUUUUCUGUCUUGGGUUGAUUCCUCGAUGUUUCUCCUGUAUGACAAAACCCUAUAAUACAUGCUUCUUUUAUUUUA